AUGUGGAAGACAGGAAACAUCUACCUCAUUACGGCCAUCGCCGUUAUUGGCGGUGGCCUCUUCGGUUUCGAUAUUGCGUCUAUGAGCGCUAUCAUCUCUACUCAACCAUACUUAUGCUACUUCAAUCAAGGUCCCGAUGGCCCAGGCUAUAACGAUGUGAAAACAUGUUCUGGCCCUCGUUCAAGUGUUCAAGGUGGAAUCACUGCUUCCAUGGCAGGUGGUUCAUGGCUCGGUGCUCUGCUUUCCGGCGUCAUUUCUGAUAAAUUGGGAAGGAAAAGAGCAAUUCAAAUCGGAUCAAUCAUCUGGUGUAUCGGCAGUAUCAUCGUCUGCGCCAGUCAAGAUAUUGGAAUGUUGAUUGUGGGUCGUGUGAUCAACGGUCUCUCCGUUGGGAUUUGCUCAGCCCAAGUCCCAGUCUACCUCUCUGAGAUCGCCCCUCCCGCCAAACGUGGUCGUCUCGUGGGCACUCAACAAUGGGCCAUUACCUGGGGAAUCAUGAUCAUGUUCUAUAUCUGCUACGGCUGUUCAUUCAUCGAUGGCACAGCAGCAUUCAGAGUACCAUGGGGUCUUCAAAUGAUCCCAGCCAUCAUCCUCUUCCUCGGUCUUUUGAUCUUACCUGAAAGCCCAAGAUGGUUGGCCAAACAUGAUAGAUGGGACGAGGCAUUACACGUCCUGGCAUUGACGCACGCACAUGGAGAUGAGAAGAACAAGUUCGUCGAGCGAGAGCUACAGGAAAUAAGAGACGAGGUGGAAUUCUACAGGAAGAACUCUGAUGUUACGUGGAUGGAGCUCUUCAAACCAUCCAUGCUGAACAGAGUCCACAUCGGCGCUUUCACACAGAUCUGGGCCCAACUCACAGGAAUGAACGUGAUGAUGUACUACAUCACCUACGUCUUCUCCAUGGCCGGCCUAACAGGAAACAACAUGCUAGUCUCCUCAUCCAUUCAAUACGUAAUCAACGUCGUAACCACCGUCCCCGCUCUUCUCUGGGCAGAUAAAUGGGGUCGACGGCCCAUGUUCCUCGUCGGCGCAGUCCUCAUGAUGACCUGGCUAUUCAUCAAUGCUGGUGUAAUGGCCAUGUACGGCCACGCUGCUCCAGCCGGUGGUCUCAACGGCAUUGCAGCCGAGAGUUGGGUCAUGGAAGGUAAACCGGCAAAGGUUAUCAUUGCGAUGAGUUAUCUGUUCGUCGCGAGUUAUGCGCCGACUUGGGGACCUGCUGGUUGGAUUUAUCCUCCAGAGCUGUAUCCUUUGAGACUUAGAGGGAAGGCCGUCGCUCUUUCAACCUCCGCCAACUGGGCAUUCAACUUCGCCCUAGGUUAUUUCGUCCCCCCAGCAUUCCAGAAUAUCAAAUGGAAAGUCUACAUCCUGUUCGGCGUCUUCUGCGCCACCAUGUUCAUCCACGUCUUCUUCAUGUUCCCCGAGACUGCUGGCAAGUCUCUCGAAGAGGUUGAAGCCAUGUUCACGGAUCCGAAGGGAAUCAGGUAUAUCGGAACACCGGCAUGGAGAACGCACGUGGUGAAGAGGACCCUGGAGCAGAGGGUCAAGGAGGGUGAUGAGAAGGGGGCCGAGCAUAGGGAGGUGCAGGAGCAUGAGAGGAGUAGUGAUGAGGAGAUGGGGAUGGUGAGACCUGAGCAGCCGCAGCAGGCGGUGGUGAAGGAGGAGAGGGCUUGA